ACGUUGCUGCUGGGGCCGCUGCCACUCGAGAUUUACCCAGCAUAUUCAUCCGUCCCUUGACAUUCUUCCCGAGACAGCUCCAUCUUAACAGCUUCUACCCCCGCAGCGCGGCUGCGUGUGUUGCCUGCCUGUGUGCGGCGCGUGUUCAGGGAGGAUUGGCUCGUCAUUGUCCAUCCUCUUUGCGCCAGACGCGCGCUCGUUGCCACUUACCCCCUUCCCCCCUUCUCAAACCUGUGCUCAUACCAUCCAGCCAAUCUCUAUUGGCUUUCCAUGCGCCUGUAGCGGUUUUUUGCGGUUCCCCGUACGCAAGACGCAACUCAACUCGCCUCGCAAGGUAACCCACACCGAGAAAAGCGGGCGCGAUAUAAAUAUAUAUACGCAAAUGGCCAUGGAUCCCACACCGAGCGAUUCCGGGCCCGGGCCCCUCCGGAUAACCGAACCAGCGCCUAGCGAUUUCGCCACCGGCACCCAUCCGCCGGAUACAGGCGUGGUAGACUCGCCGAUAUCGCCGGCGUCGCCUAACGCGCUCGCGCGCUUCGAAUUCGAGGCCGGGCGCGGGAACGAGGGGUCCAAGAUCCUGAUGGUGGAGUGGGACCCGGCGCCGACGGGCGAGGACGGCUGGGCCGUGACGUGGGAGGGCAAGACGAUGACGUUCCCGGUCAGCGAGAAGGUGGAGGACGAGGACGAGAGCGUCGAGGAGCGGGUCGAGGCCGGCAUCCAGCAGCGCAGGCAGCGCGUCUACUUCCUGCUGCCCUCGGACGUCGCGGUGCCGCCGGCCGUCGCCAUCUCGCACGCCGGCUCGGGCCGCGCGCUGACGGCGAAGUCGAUGCCAGCGAUCUUCGCUCCGGGCCUCGGCGUGGGUUCGCGCGAUGCCGGGCGCAGGGGCGUCCUGCACACCGUGUGGGCGCGGCUCAGGGCCGCGCAGCUGCAGGACGAGAUCCGCGCCGAGCUCAGGGACAAUAGCGAGAGCGUCGGCUUGGAGAUGGCGGUCCAGGAACGCCUUUGGAUCAUCGACCACUUCGGCCUCGACGACCUGCGACUCCAGGAGGCGAGCGCCGUCGCCGCCGGCGCGGUUCCCGUGUCGCCCCUGCCGCCCGCGAGCCCGAGGUCUCCGGUAGCAGGGAGGCUGGGGGAGAAGUUGAGGGGGUUGAAGUUGGCGACUUCGCCGUCGGAUUUGGUUAAUCCUAUAGACACCCACCCCUCACAACAGAAACCGCAUCUGCCGGGACCUGGUCGUCCUUCCCCGCCUAAUAGGAGAGGGGACGAGGUGACGCCGCCGAGAACGGGCGCGGAUCCAGGGGCCGGCGUGGCAUCCCUCGACGCCGUGCUUGGCGGGAAUGCGCAGGUCGCGGCAGCGCCGCCCGCAACGCAGAGUAAGGAGACGGAAGACGAGUUAUUCGCGCUGCCGAUGAGCCCGCGGAGCCCAGAUAUGAAGACCAAGAGCCCCUUCGGACUCCUAAGGUAGGACGUGGGGGGGGGGGGGGAAAGAAAAGCCCUAUAGUUACAGGGUUCUAGAAAUAGCGAAAAAUCUGGAGAAAAGAUUUUAUAGGUAUGCUACGUAAUAACCCCGGAGACUAGAACCCGGGGAACGGAUGAAAAAAACUGGGAUGGGGGCAUGGAGUGUGGAGAAGAGAGGCGUGCUAGAGUACUAUGUAGCAGUACGUAGCAGACCGAAGUAUAAUGAAUAUGGAGCAGGGUGGGACGAAAUAAGUGGAGGGAAAGGGUCUCGGAAAAGGGGGCCGGUAUCUGGGCAAGUCUGGGGCGGCUGGGGGAAAGGUAACGUCGGCCGGUGAACUAAAAAGGGCAAAAAUCGCAACGGCCACGCGAGAAAAAUGUGGACGCGUCUAUCUAAAGCAACGUCGGGGUAUAGCGGA